CUCUGUGGUGGGCGGGGCCUGUGGCUCUGUGGUGGGCGGGGCCUGUGGCUCUGUGGCCCCACCUGUGCUGUGGUGUGUGGCAGGUAGAGGUCGGGUAGUGAGUGCUGUGUGAGGAGUCCAGAGGCUCUGGAGCUGUUACUGUAGCAGGGAGACCUAACGACGCUGUGGGGACAUAUCUGACACACACGGACACACACACACGGACCGAGCGGAGGACUCACACACACACACACACACACAGCUGCUGCUGCUUCACCUGCGGAUUGUUUCCCUGUCGGAGCCGCUGACGGGUCACCUGUCACCAUGUUCAAGAAGAAGAGCAAAACCACCACCAUCACUCAGCCCAAGACGACAGCUCCGUCUACAGAACUGACCACUCUGAUCGACAAGCUGCAGAGAAAUGCUGAUAAAGUGGAGAAGAACAGCUACGACAUCGAGCAGAACCUCAACAAGGAUGUGAGUAAGAUCAACGAAGGGAAGCAGCCUCUGUACCAGGACGACACCAACAAGAGGAUCCUCAACUCUCUGGAGCUGCUCAACGGUCUGGACGAGGACGCCGUCAACGCCAAGCGCCUCCAGCACCCUCAGGCUGAGAUGAUCGAGAAGGAUAUGAGGCAGCUGCGUGAGAAAGUGAUGAAGCUGAAAGAAGACCACGACCGGAUCUACCACCUGACCCGCACCGAGGGCAAGCCCAGCAUCAACUGGGGCAACAUGAUGGACGAGAAACUGGACAACCUGAACAACCGGGGCUUCGGCCAGGACCUGCCGUCUGUGGAGAACGAGGUGGAGGAACACAACAUCUUCCACAGCGAGGUGGAGGCUCUGGCUCCUCACAUCUCCACCAGCGGAGACAAGGAAUAUGUCAGUAGCCUCCAGAUGAAGUACAACAAACUACUGGCCAGUUCCAGUGCUCGUCAGCGUAACCUGCUGAGCCUGAGGGACUACAUGCAGCGCUGCACCAACGAGCUCUACUGGAUGGACCAGCAGGCUGAUGAGAGGACCAACUACGACUGGAGCGACGCCAACCUGGACUACCCGGCCCGCCAGAGGCAGUAUGAGAACUUCAUCAGUAAAUGUCUGGAGUCCAAGGAGGCCACCAUCACCAAGCUGAACGACGAUGGAGAGAAGCUGGUUGCUUCUGGACAUCCAGGGAAGAAUGUUAUUGAGGCUCAUAUGGAGGCGGUCCACGCUGACUGGAAGGAGUACCUGAACCUGCUCAUCUGUGAGGAAAACCAUCUGAAACACAUGGACGAGUACCACAAGUACCACAAGGAAGCUCGUGACACUCAGGACCUGCUGAAGCGUCUGGACACGGAGACCAGCCAGAAGUACAACCCAGAGUUCAAAGACGUGUAUCAGACGGAGGGAAUGAUCCGGGACCUGGAUGACCAGUCCAAGGCCAUGGAGCACUUCGAUGAGCGGGUCAAGGCUCUCCAGAAGAGAAGUCUCCAGGUUUUGCCCCUGAAGUACCGGAGGGAGAACCCCCCGAAGCUGCUGCCUGUCGAGGCUCUGUGUGAAUUCGACACCGAUGAUGCUCAGAUUCUGCGUGGAGAGCGCUACACUCUGCUCCGGAACAACGGCAGCAAAUGGGACGUGAAGGAUGCAGCAGGACGCCAGUACACGGCGCCCGGCGUCUGCUUCAUGAUCCCGCCCACCGACCCCGAGGCGGUCGCAACCUCUGACAAUUUGGCGAGCCAGCAGAAAGCUGUCAAGACCAAGAUGGCCGGCAGCAAAACAGCUCUGCUGAAACGCUUCGAUGAGCUGAAGAAGGAGAGCGGAGCCGGCACGGCCACAGAUAAGGACGAGCAGCAGUGCCGCCAGCUGAUGGCCGGUCUGGACAAGGUGGUCAGUGAUCUGGACAAACAGGAAAAGGGCAUUUAUGCUCGUGUGCGUCCUCCACUGGAGCAGAACAGGCCACUGCAGGACAGCGCUGACCGCCUGCAGGAUAUGAGGGACAUUGCUGCUGCUGUCAGUAGGAUUGAACCAGAGAAAACCUCUAAAGUGCAGGAAUCAAAGAACUUCUUGGUCUCAAAUCCAAACUGUGCCAGUGCACCUCAGCUGUACAGCAAGAUGGACGAAACCAACCGGAAGUACUCCAAGAUCGAGGAGCUCCUCCAGAGUUCUCAGGAGAAACUGAAGAAUUCCAACCAGCUGGAGACUUCCCUUCAGAAUGGGAAAACCUUCCUGUCCACCUAUGAGAACAAGCUGGCCAGGGAGGAGGUCGCUCCAUCGGACAUCUCCUCGCUGGAGAAAACUCAGCGGGAACUCGGCGAUAUUGGAUCAGACCUCAGGUCCAAGAGGUCCCUUAUCGGAGAGACGGAGCAGAACCUGCGUCUGGCCAAGAGCAGCUGUGACACCAUGGCCACCAAGUUCCAAGAGCACUGCCCCGACAUCGAGAGGCAAGAGACCGAGGUCCAGAAGCUCAACAAGCGCUUCAAUAACCUCAACAGGCAGAUCGAUACCAGGUCUCAGAGCUUGCAGCGAGCCAAGAUGUCGUACAAAAACUACCGCAAUGAUUACGACAAUCUAAACAGCUGGUUGUCUCGUGUCCCGAACUACGAGGCCCGGGAAACUGAUGACCCAAGACAAGUAGAGACCAAGCUGAAGAACCAAAGGAACUUGCUCUCUGAUAUUGCAAAAAAGGAGUCGGACUUGAACAACGUGUCCAAAAAUGCACAGCUUUACCAACAAGCUGUCAAAGAAUACGAGAAUGAAACUGAGAAGUUCAGGUCUAUCCUUGACGUUGAGGAUGGACUUGUACCUCAGACGUACAAGAGGAGCAGACUGGAGUCACCUGCAAUGACGGUCAAGGCAGAGGAAGCUGCUAUUGAGUCUAAGUUCACUGAGGUAAAUGCUGUGAACAGGCAAAAGCUUCUGAAUCUGGAGUUUGCCCAAGGUCUUCUCAAUCAGCAACCUGAGACCACUAUGAUCCGGUCUACAAAUGUCCAGUCAGUCAAUACUACUCCAGGAGAAGAGCCCUGGAGGAUCAGGAAGCAAUUGGAAGAUGAGGUUCAGAGGAGGGAGCAGCUAGAGAAAGAGAUUGAGACCAUUCAGACUGACAUCUAUGUUCUUGAAGGACAGAAGCCUCAGGACACCAUUGUCAAAAAGGAGCUAAUCAAAAAGGUUCCCGACCCCCAGCUGGAUGAGGAAGUCCAUAAGGUACAGCAGAAACUGUCAGAGGAGCGCCGCACUACCCAUGUCCUGGAGAACGACCUCGAGGUUCUGAAGUUGAGGCUGCGUGGCCUUGAGACCGAGCUCAAAGAAGGGGCACAGCAAUACACGGUCAAGGAGGUCCUGCGUAUAGAAAGAGAUCGUGGUCAGGAGGAGGAGAUGCGCAAACUCCGGGAGGAACUGGAUGAGUUAAGAAGGCACAAGCUGACGAAAGAUAAUGAGCUGAUUCAGAUACAGAAGCAGGUGACACUCCUUGCUGUGGAGAAAGAGAGGGAACAGGAGGUGAUCACUGAAGAGGAGGUGAUCAAAGUCCAGAAUGAUCCCCAACUUGAAACAGAGUACCGGGUGCUCCUUGACAGGAAGCAGAAGGCAAUGGAUGGCAGGAAGCAGCUGGAGGAUGAACUUCACUUCCUUCAGGAGAGGCUCCGUAGGCUGGAGAAGGAGAAGGCAAUGGCAGAGGAGAAGAUUUCCAUCAAAGAGGUGCUGCAAGUAGAGAAAGAUGUUGCCUUUGAAAGGGAGGUCGAAAACCUCAGAAGGCAGUACGAAGACGAGAAGGCCAAACGAAGAACAUCACAACGUGAAAGGGCCGACCUCCAGAGAAAAAUUUCCAGCCUCGAGGAGGAGAAGUCCAAGGUUGUUAUUCAGGAGAAGAUACGGGAAAUUGUCCGCCCAGACCCUAAGGCUGAGAACGAGGUGGCCAGUCUCCGGAUGGACUUUGUAGAGCAACAGAGGCGCUAUAGAGAUACAGAGCUGCAGCUGAGAUCCCUGCAGGACGAGCACACCAUGCUGAGGAACAGAGGGCCGCAAAUUGAGGUCAAAGAGAUCAUCAAAGAAGUCAUUAAAUACAAGAUAGAUCCACAGACUGAAAGAGAACUGGAGAGACUUCGCAAUGAAAUUGUCGACAAAACCCACCAGAUUGAGAAAUCAGAGAUGGAAACCCACCAACUACGUGAUGAAAUUCAAAGGUGGAAGGACACCAAACCUCAAGUUCAGACAAAAGAGGUGGUCAAUGAAGUGCUGCAAUACAGAGAAGACCCCAAGACCAAGGAGGAAAUUGAAACUCUCAAAAGGAAACUGGCCGAUGAACAGAAGAAGCGCCUUGACCUUGAAAGGGAACGAUCAGCCCAAGAAGAGAAGAUCAGACUGAGGAAGAUCGAUCUGUCUCAGGUCCGCGAGACGUUCGUUCAGCAAGAAGUGGUCAAGAUGGAAGAAGAUCCUCUUCUCAAGUCAGAGUGCGACACCUUCUUACACAGCAUUAACAAUGAGCAGAAGCAAAAGGAAAGCCUGAAAACAGAGCUUUACCAGCUGCAGAGACAAAAGGCGGACCUGGAUCUGCAACUGGAAGAACUGGAACGUGAGCGCAGGGCGAGGCGCGAUGCAGAACUGGAGAUCCAAAGGCUUCGGAUCAGACUCCAAGAACUGGAGAUCCGUGACAAAGAGAACCGUGAGAAGGUGACAGUCAAACAGAAGGUUGUCCUUCAGCAGGAUCCCCAACAGGAGAAGGAACACUCCAUCCUCAGACUACAGCUGGAUGAAGAGAAGCACAAACGCACUCUGCUUGAGAAGGAGUUGAACGCCCUCAUCCAGCAGCAGAUCACCCUGGAGAAGAUAGACGUGAAGGAAAGAGUUGUGCGCACCGAGAAAGUCCAAGUCGAAAGAGAUCCAGAAGCUGAGUAUGAGAUUGAGAACCUAAAGAGGACUCUGGAAGACGAGAAGAGAAGAAGGAGAGAACUUGACCAGGAGUUGAUCACCAUCACUUCCCGGUUUUCAGACAUGGAGUUCUCAAACACCAAAUCUUCGAAAGAACUCGACUACAUCCGUGAUGAAAGUGGCCGUCUGCAGCAGGAAAACCAAAGGCUCCAGAACGAGAUCCGCAAGCUUCGGUCCGAGAUCGAGAUCACCAGCAAGGAGACUCGUCUUAUCACCGAGUCUGCACCGAGGGAGGACGGAAGGAACCUGGAAUUGAGGCUUGAUUCACUCCAGAGGGAACUGGCAGAGCUCAGAGGCAUAACAGUCCAGAAGGACGACGAGAUCGAGAAGCUUCAGAAGAAUCUGGUGGCAGUGAGAAUGAAGAGGGAACAGAGGGAGAGCCAUCUCCGCAGGUCUAUCGUCGUCAUCGACCCAGAUUCGGGCAAGGAGAUGCGACCCGAGGAGGCCUACAAACUCGGGCUGAUAGACUGGAAGAUGUUCGUCAAUCUGCAGAGCCAGGAGUGUGACUGGGAGGAGAUAUCAGUCAAGGGCCCCAAAGGAGAAUCCUCGGUUCUUCACGACAGAAAAUCAGGGAAGAAGUUCUCCAUCGAAGAUGCUCUGCGUCUCGGGCACAUCACAAACCGCCAGCUUCAGCAGUACACAAACAAAGAAAUUUCCAUCCAGGAGUUCGGUAUAUUGGUGUCGGGCAAGAAAUAGUGAAUGCACAAUACUAAGAAAGUGCAUUUUUGAUUUUUGUUGCUACAGAUUUUUCUCGUUGUAAUCUCUGUUGUUUAACAAUCUCCUUGUGUUUUAUUUGACUUCCAUUCUGACUUUAAUACUAUGGUGACUUGGCAUUACUUUAUCCAUGAUUUCUAAAUGCACUAUGUAUUUAUUUGCUUAUGCGUAUUCAGUUUUGUGGUACUGGCAUAAGUAUAUGGAUUUAUAUUACUAUUGUGACAGCCAAUUACAUAAUAUUGUAUGUGGUAGGAAGACGGAGUUUGCUCAGCUGAGCUUUAUUUCUUACACUGGGUACGUGGGCAGAGAACAUGUCUUUGCAUAUAAUUUUUUCAUAUAGCCGUUGAAAUUAAAAUGGAUACCAAAUAUUUCAUUUCUUUGUGGGGUUUUCCCAGGUUUACUGUAACUGACGAGUGCUCUGUAAGCUUCAAUAAAAGUCAUAA